AUGUUACCCUUUUCAUGCUUAAAUGUUACACUCAGAUUGUAUGCUGAAAAUUCAGAUUAUACAAAUCCAAUUGAUGCUUAUGGUUUAGAUCUUAGAGGAUCAUUUGUUGGUGUGGUAAGAGAAACUUUUGAAGAAAUUUUGGAAUUGUAUGAAAAACAUGCUGCUAUACUGGGGUUUUCAAUAAGAAAACAUACAACUAGAUUCAAACAACACACAAAAAUAGUAACUGAGAAAAACUAUGUGUGUUCUGCUGAGGGAAAGAGACAUUCAGGUCAGAAGAAAACAAAGUUAGUUGAAAUGGUUGAUGAAGAGGAUGUAAAUGUAAAAACAAGAAAGCCAAGACAAGUAUCCAUUACAAGAUCAAAUUGCAAGGCAUGCAUAAGAGCAAAAGUGAAUAAAGAAGGACAGUUUGAGGUGGUGGCUCAUGUUAUUCAGCAUAACCACGAGCUAACAAAGCCACAGUGGCAUUAUUUGCAUCGUUCUGAAAGAAAAAUGACAGAGGAAAAAGUUAUAACAAUCAAAACAAUGAAAUCUUCAGGUCUAACUACAAUGGACACUUACAAUUACAUGGCUACAGAGGCUGGAGGAGAACACAAUAUAGGCCAUAGUGUUGUAGAUCACCUGAAUUUCUGCUCAAGGUUAAGAAUGGAACAAAUUGAGGCUGGAGAUGCUCAAACUUUAGUGAACAUUUUAAGUCAGGAACAAUCAGAGGAUCCAAACUUCUUUUUUAGAGUGAAGUUUGACAAAGAAGGAAGAAUUUGCAAUAUCUUUUGGAGAGAUUCAAUGAUGCUAGAAGACUAUAGGAUAUAUGGAGAUGUUCUUGUCUUUGAUACAACAUACAGAACCAACAGAUAUAAUCUUAUAUGUGCUCCAUUUGUUGGCAUAAAUAACCACUGGCAUAAUUAUUUGAGCUAUGACAAUAAAGUGAUUCCUAAUACAAGACAUAGACUUUGUAUAUGGCAUUUGGAGCAAAAUGCCAUAACCAGAUUUGGAGCUCUUAAAAAAGACAAAGAAUUCAAAUUUGCAUUCAACCAGUGCUUAAAGAUGUGUGUGACAGAACAAGAAUUCGAAGCAAAGUGGCAAGCAAUGUUGCAAAAAUAUGAGUUGACAGAACACUCUUGGUACAAAAGAGUGUAUGAGUUGAAAGACAAAUGGUGUCCUGCCCUUUGUAGAGAUUUCUUUUCAUCAGGGAUCUUAUCGUCACAAAGGAGUGAAAGCACUAAUCAUGCCAUAGGAUUCAGAGUAAGUAAAGCAACUACUUUGACAGAAUUUUAUACCAUAUUUAAGAAGACAACUAAUCGUUGGAGAAGCACAGAGAAAUAUGAUGAGUUUACCUGUAGCAAGUCAAUAGCAUUCACUUCAUUGCCUCUAUCUGGAAUGCUAAAGCAUGCUGCACAGGUUUUCACUUUAUCACUCUUUAGAAAUUUUGAAGAGGAGUUUGGAUACUCUAUGGCAACAACUGUUCAGAUGUUAGGCAGUAAUGAAGAAUGCCUACUUUAUCAAGUAACACUAGAAGACAAGCCAUGGUCUGCACAUCAAGUAAACUAUAUACAAGAGAGCCAAACUGUAUGGUGUACUUGCAAAAACUUUGAAGCAUCUGGAUGGUUAUGUUAUCAUUGCAUCAGAAUUCUACAUUUGCAUUCAGUAACAAGAAUACCAGACAAGUAUGUUUCAAAAAGAUGGACUAAGUUUGCAAAAACAGAGGCAUGGGAUAGGUUGAAGAAUCAGGAUCCUAAACAGCAAUAUAUUCCAUGGAGGCAAACAAUGAUGAGGAAAUACUACAAUCUAAUCUUAAAAAGUCAAGAAAAUGAAGAGACAAGAGCAUUUAUGGAAGAAAGCUUCAGAAACAGUCUUAAAAUGGUGGAAGACUUACUUGCUAGUGCUGCUCAGAAAGAAAGUGCAGAAGCUGCUUCUAACAUUCCUGAUGUGGCAGACAACACUCAAAGCAAUAUUGACGCUUCUUCAACAUCGAGUACAAGCACAUGUGUACCAAUAAUUCUUGAUCCUAAAAGGGCUGUAACAAAAGGAAGAAGCAAGAGAGCAAAAGGAGGACUUGAAAAAAGCAAGAGAAAAAGAAAACCAGCACUGCCACCUCCAAAUUCAGAAUUUGGAUCAAAGACACCUAACUUACGACUCUUUUAA